UGCGCGAGAGAGUUGGCUUGGGUGGUAGUGCGUGGCGGGGGCGUGGCGUGUUGGGACCCCUCGGACGUUAUAUUAUUGCUGUUGUUGUUAUUACCAAAGUAUUGGGCAAAUACUCACAGUAACACCUGACUUAGUGUUUGGUCGGGCUGUGAGAGCGGACUGUGCUACAGGAUUAUAAUUCACAUCAGUGGAAAAUCAAGUCAAAGAGCACCAGCUGUCUGUUCUGAUGCCAUACUUGGUCACAGAGGCCAGUGAAGACCCUUCUGUCUGGGAGGACGAGCCAACCAAUAUGACAUCGCAACCCCCUAUGAAUGGCAGCAAAACAUCUGUAGCCCAGGAGGACCAGCUGUGCACUGUAGCGUCACACCCAGUGAAGGAGGGGAAUGAAUUGGGCUUUGGGCGGGCGGCCGAAGUCCUGAUUCGCCAGGCGCACGUCCUGAACCGGCGCGUGACCGUCGCCGUCGUUUGGUCUCUGCCGCCGCCGCCGGAUGGUGACGUCAUACCGUGUGACGUCACCCGGACGCUGUGUGCCCGACUGGGGGUGGUCUCGCCGGAGGCGGUGGCUGGCUGUGCGGCGUUGGAUGUGCUAGAUGGCGGGCAGCCGGCCGCUGGCUGCCGCCAGCUGGCCAUCAGGAAGCUUGUGCCUCGCCAGGCAGGCUUGGAGGCAGAGCUGGAGCUUGUCGUCAAAGAUGGGUCGUCUGUAGGCUUCCUUCCACUUCAAAGCGGCAGCAGGCUAAUUCCGCCUUUUCCGCACAAGCUGCAACUAGUUUCCGGUGAUAUCCGCCUGGUGGCGCCACCAUCUGCAGUUGACACCCCGUCCGCCAGGUGGCUCGCUGAGCACGCGCUACCGAAAAUGGCGCGAUGGACUGUAGAUCUGGCGACGGAGGCAGCACGCCCGCUGGGGGAGCACUCUCUGCAGCUCGUCGAUGCAGAACAAUACACCAACCUCUAUAUGGAACUUAAGGAAAAAUAUGGCGCCGAGUUUGUCAAGAUCUGGCCGGAGAACACGGACCCACUCAAGUUUGUGUACGAGGACGUGGCUAUCGCCGCGUACCUGCUGCUGCUGUGGCAGAACGACCGGCGGACCCUCCAGCUGGAGCUCCCGCAGACCUUCGUCGACAUCGGCUGCGGGAACGGCCUGCUGGUGCACAUCCUCUGCUCCGAGGGCCACCCGGGCUACGGCGUGGACAUACGCAGCCGCGGCAUCUGGAAGAUGUACCCGACCUCCACCCGGCUGGAGGUGGCCACCAUCACCCCAUCGGCGGAGACGACAUACCCGGGGUGCGACUGGCUGAUCGGCAACCACUCGGACGAGCUGACACCGUGGCUGCCGGUGAUGGCGGCCGCCACCGGGCCCGACACCAGCUUCUUCCUGUUGCCCUGCUGCCCGUGGGACUUCUACAGCAAGUACCAGCGUUGCAACACUAGGCUGUCGCAGUACGAGGAAUACAUGCAGUACGUUUACGAGCUGGCGGAGCGGUGCGGCUUCGCGCCGGAGCGUGACCGUCUGCGCAUCCCAUCCACGCGUCGGCGGUGCGUGGUGGGGCGCCGGCGCGCCGCCGCCGUGUCGGCCGACGCGCUGCGCCAACUGACAGCGGCCGGCACCUUCCGGCCGCGCGCCGCCGCGCCGGCCGUGCGCAACUGCAGUCAGCUGGCGAGGGAGACAGUGGCGGAGGCCGUGCGGCGGGUGGCGCUACGGGUGGUGGCGGACGGCGCGCUGCCGCUGUCGGCCGUCGCCGAGCUGCUGGGCGGCGACACGCUGCGCCAAUUACGCCAGCAGUGCGGCGGCCUGCAGACCUUGCUGAAGAACCACCCGCACGUGUUCCGCGUGCGCGCCGGUGCCGUCUCGCUGCAGGACGCCGACUGGCUGCGCGUGGACGGCGCGCGUCCCGAGCUGGCCGCCAGCGUCAAGACGAGCCGCUGCUGGCAGCAUGACCACCUGCCGGCCGGCUGUCCGCUGCCGGCGCCGCAGUGCCGGUACGCACACGGCGGCGACGACCUGCGCUCGCGCCACGUGGAACAUGUGGCGCGCACGGUAGAUUAAAUCGUUGAUGCUGAAACGCCAUGCCACGGUCGCGCAACAGCGGGUAUCAGCCGUGCUGUCGUGACGUGCUGCGAUUUGUUGGAAUAAUUUGAUGCGCCCUCGUCGGAUGACGUAUGUGAUGUGUUACCAUUUUGGCAUAUCGUGUAAGAAAUUAUGCGAGCACUGAAGGGAAAAGGCUCAUGUCAGCGAAACAGGUUGUGUGGUUUCAGGUGAGCGAAGCCUUGUCUGGGUGAAAGUUGAAAACCUAAUGAACCCGAACCGAGACAAAUGCCAUUGGAACUCAUGCAAGUGUGCCCUGGCAUUCGGUUCAGAGCAGAUUACAGCACCUUUUGCCAGAAAUGACCAUUCCGAAGCAUUGUCAUAUGUGACACAAGUGCAAGGCAUAUGACAUUAAGCGGACGGGCGAAAAGUGUGGCAAGACUACGACCAUCUUGGAAAUCCUCCGCUGACCGGCCUCGCCCCGCACAGGGACCGUUGUUUGUGGCUUGCGCUUACGCCCAGGCCGAAGGUUCCACGUUUGUAUAAGGUUUUGAACUGAACCAGCAUUUUGAAAAUCCUUUGCUUCAGUUCACAGCGGUGCUUUUCUUAAGGUCGAAAAGUUUGUAGUUUCUGAGGUACACAUCCGUGCAGAGGUGGCACGUUUUAGCGUGGUCGUAAGGCUAUCCACACAUGCGCGACGUUUCACGAACAUUCCUCAAAUUGUGAAAUCCCGCGUACCAUGUGACGUUAAAGGCGAGGAAGAAUAUUAUUGAUGAGUCAUGCAGGACGGGCAUCCGAGGGCACAAUUGUGAGAUAUGACGCUGGUUCCUGUGAUCGGUUGCUCACGACUAUUCACAAUGGCUCUCAACAUACGUUAUCGGAGUGAUUUGCUUUGCGUGCUGGACAAUAUAUGAAGCCGGACAUUC